AUGGCGCGACGUUUCGGUCUCUGUGGUGUUGGUCUCAUUGGUCUCCUCAGUUGGUUGGGCUUCACCAGUCUGGCUGCUACGCCAACGCCGCCAUCGCUGCCGCGCCGCGUGGUGGUGGCAGCACCUGCUGCGCUGAUCUCAGGGGGCAAGCUGCCGUUGACUGUAGGCCUUGGCACGUGCUUGGUGUCUGACAAGGACGUGACCAGGCAAGUUACCACUGCUCUCGAGUGUGGCUACAGAGUCAUUGAUACAGCUCAAAGGUACGGAAAUGAGGAGGGCAUUGGACGGGCAUUGUCAGCAGCUUUCGCCGAAGGUCGCGUAAAGCGCGACGAAGUGUUUGUGACAACCAAGGUGUGGCCUGCCAACUACGGCUACAAGAAGACAAUUGAAUCCGUCAAGGAAUCGGCGAAAAAACUGGGCCUGGAGUCUAUCGAUUUGGUCUUGCCCCACUGGCCUGGCAUCGGUACUGAGAUUGAGCUGGCGCAACAGAAUGCCAUACUGCGGCAGCAAACCUGGAAGGCCUUGGAAGAUUUGCAAAGAGAUGGACUGGUAAAGCAGAUCGGAGUGUCCAAUUACAACGAACGGCACCUGGGAGAGCUGUUGGACUAUGCCCAGAUUCGGCCCAUGGCCAGCCAGUUUGAAAUCCAUCCCUUCAACACUCGCGAGAAGUUGGUGCAGAUGUGCCAGGAUUUGGGCAUCCGAGUCAAUGGCUACUCACCGCUGGGCGGAAAAGGAAAUCCGAACCAGGUGACAGAUCAAUUGCUGCAGAUGCCCUUCCUCGAGGAGAUGGCAUCCGUCUACGGGAAAACGCCUGCGCAACUGAUCUUGAGGUGGCACUUGCAGCGCGACACCACGCCGAUUCCGAAGGCCAGUUCAAAGGCCCGACUGGCAGAGAACAUCGAUGUCUUCAAUUUCCAGCUCAGCGACGCAGAUAUGAAAGAGAUCCUUGUCCAAAUUGUCCAAUCAAAGUCUCGUCUCAAAUCCUUCAUGAUCCUUUCUGCGCACCAACUCCAGCUGAACAGCAUGAGACUUCGGCUCUUGAAAGAGCGACGAUCUCACCAACUCGCGGACACAAGAGCUACGUUGGCUGGCUUGCAGGUGCUUGGCGCCCAUUUGCCCUUCGGAGUGGCUCCUUGUGCCACAACCUCCGAAUUGAGCGCCCUCAGUUUCUGUGCUUGGCACUUGACGGCCAUGUCGGCCAUGUCGGGCGAUCGGGGACAAGGCAAGGCGACGCUGAGCGUUGGAAGUGUUGGAACGAAGCCCAGUGCCCGGGGCAAGUCUCGUGUGGAGCGCAGCGGCGCAAAGGCCUUGCAGUUGAGCUGCAGGAUUGCACGCCGAAUGGCUCUCCAAUGUCUGGCUGCUUGGAGGGAGUUCCGUGCACAGCUGGCGCGACCCGCUUCACAGAGGGCGCGAUCUUCCCGGCUCAAAGAAUCGCCCAAUGCCAAGGUAAUCCAGAAGGAAAGUGCUCCAGAUGCCAAAGAGUCGCGUUGGCUCCUCUUACAGGCCUUCCUGAACUGGAGAUGCGUUUCUGUGACUUUGCUUUGUGAGCGUCGAGUUCAACAGGAAGCCAAAGCUGCUGCUAGCGAAUGUGCUGCUCUGCAGCUGCAGGUGGACCACUGGCGACAUCAAUGCAAGGAAGCCUCUGAGCGCCCUGUGACCGCGCCUUCUGCGGUUACUUCUUCCCAUGUCCUCCUCGCCUGGAGAUUCGUCUCUGAAUCGCAACGGGCCCUGCGAGCACAGCGUUCCGUGGCCAAGGUCUUCACAGCUUGGACUGUCGUCAUCCGAGAAAUUGCAGAGCCGAGAAUCUGCAGAAAUUCCAGGCACACGGAUUUAAUCGUUGAUACCAGGGCUGAGUGCGAAAGGGACUUGAAAUGCUCGGGCAAGGCCUUGACACCAGAUGCCAAGGAAACUGCUGUGCUUCGCCUGAUUUUACUGGCUUUGCAACUGAAUGCUCAGGCUUACCGAGCAGAGCGAGAGGGGUUCUUCCGUCAAAGUCACGGCGAACCAUCACCAAAGGUCCUCGUAGGUCCAAAGAUGGGCGCACCAGAUCUGAAGGACGUCUUCCUUGCAUGGCACAGCUGCCAGGAGCAUAGAGCGAGCGACGAGGAGAUGUGUAGUUACAACGCCAAGGAGACAUGGCAGACAUGGCAGACAUGGCAGACAUGGGACUCGUAG